UAUUGACAAAAAUGGAAUUUUUUGUUAUCCUAGAUUUUCUGUCCCGAGAAGAUUAAAAUUUAAAUUUAAAAACCACCAAUUGUUCAUUUAUGUAGAAAACCACAACAUUCAAUUUAUCAAUGGAUAACACACUUCAAAAUCUCUGUCGGUUGUGCGGCGAUGAGCGUAUUUGCUCCUUUGAUAUUUUCAUGAAAACCGAGGACAAUAUUGUCCUCAGUGCAGUUAUUAAAAACAUUUUGAAUAUUUCGAUAACCCAGCUGGACACUAUUCCAAAAGAAAUCUGUGCAAUAUGCCAUACAUUCCUUUUGGAUUUUCUGAAAUUUCGUGACACAGCCGAGAAGACUCAAAUGUUCCUUGUCGACUUGGAAUUGAAUCUGGAAAAAGAAAAAGCAACUGCACAAAUAGUACGCAAAGAUUCUACAGAAUCAAUCAAAUCAGAACCAAGUACGGCGGCAUUUAAUGAAGCUCUGGAAGCAACUAGCCGUCUUAGUUUUAGUUCUGACGACGCGGACGAUGAAAUUUGUUCCUUAAUCAAAGCUGCAGUAGAAAAUUCAUCGAAAACAAGUACACCGUCUCGAAAGCAGUUACAAAAAAUCGAGGACACAGUAUGUCCUGAUAACUCUCAGGAAGAAGACACAAGCCGCCAUAGUUUUAGUUGGGAUGAUGAAAAUAUUCCACUUAUCAAAGUUGCCAAACAAAAUUCGGCAAAGAAAAAGUCAAAGACUCGGAAGUAUUCCCAAGAAAAGCAAGAUCUCGAAUCACGGAUGAAGAGUGAAGACAUUAAACAACAGUCUGUUGAACUUACCAUCGAAAACCCACUAGACAAUCCCGAGGAGUGUAAUAUUUGUCAAAAAAAAUUCUCCAAAGAACGAUAUCUCCGACAUCAUUUGCGAAAAACUCACAAGGUAUUCAUCGAAGCCAGCUAUCCAUGCAAUCGUUGCACUCGUAAGUUUAUGCAGAAAAUCUCCUUGGAACACCACCAAAAACUCCAUGAUGACCCGAAUUUUAAUAAACACGUCUCGUGUGAUAUUUGCGGCAAGUUCUACAUAAACAAACAGACGCUGAAGGCUCACAUCCGAUCGAUUCACGUUGAUGUAGGAAAGAAAUACGUCUGCGAGGAAUGCGGAGCUCAGUUCAAAGGUAUAAGCAGUCUCAAAACUCACAAAAUCACACACACCGGAGAGUUCCCUUUCGAAUGCAUGAAAUGCGAUCGCAGGUUCCAGAGUAAAGCCAAUUUGUUUGUUCAUCUGGAUACCCACACCGAAACACCCUACGUCUGUGAAAUUUGCCAUAAGCCUUCCACGACACUACGUGGCCUCCGACUGCAUAUGGUAAAUCAUUCGGAUGAAAAACCCCACAAAUGCCAUAUGUGUGGCAAUGCCUAUAAGCGAGUUACGGCCUUGAAGAAACACUUGAUCGUCCAUAGUGGCAUCAGGCCGUACUCGUGUAAUUUCUGUGAACGAACAUUUGCCGAUGGAUCGAAUAAGAGAAUUCACAUGAGACGGGUGCACAAAAAGGAACUUGCCGAAAUGGAAGCAGCUGGCUUGAAAGUGAUUCCAGCUGUUUUGCCAAAAAUUCAGCAGUUGCGAGAAGAUGGGGUUACUGUUCAAGGAUAGAAUCGAAUGAAAUCGUUUUGAAGACGAUUUAGAGAUUUUAGAAAACACGGAUAGAAUAUGCUAUCUAUCCGAACCGAAUCAGAAUCAGAAGUUUGUUAAAGUUUGAUUGAAUUAAACGGUGUUUUUUGUAUUAAGAAUUAAUAUGGAUUGUAGUUAUCAAUGUACCUUGUGUCAACAGCAAAAGACUAAUAAAAUAAAUGGAAUUAAUUGAA